CGGGCCUGGUGGCGGCGGCGGCGGCGGCGGUAGCGGCCGCGGCGUCUUCGGCGGCGCCCAGUGCAGGAUGGUGCUGGCGGCGGCGGCGGCGGCCCUGGUGGCGGCGGUGUCGUUGGCGGCAGCUGGAGGGGGUGCUGUGGCGAAAGCGGCGCCCGCGGGCGGUAUAAAAUGGCGGAUUUCGAGGAGUUGAGGAAUAUGGUUUCUAGUUUUAGGGUUUCUGAACUACAAGUGUUACUAGGCUUUGCUGGACGGAAUAAAAGUGGACGCAAACAUGACCUCCUGAUGAGGGCGCUGCAUUUACUGAAGAGCGGCUGCAGCCCUGCGGUUCAGAUUAAAAUCCGAGAAUUGUAUAGACGUCGAUAUCCACGGACUCUUGAAGGACUUUCUGAUUUAUCCACAAUCAAAUCGUCGGUUUUCAGUUUGGAUGGUAGCUCAUCACCUGUAGAACCUGACUUGGCUGUGGCUGGAAUCCACACGUUGCCUUCCACUUCAGUUACACCUCAUUCACCGUCCUCCCCUGUAGGUUCUGUGUUGCUUCAAGAUAAUAAACCCACGUUUGAGAUGCAGCAGCCAUCUCCCCCCAUUCCUCCUGUCCAUCCUGAUGUACAGUUAAAAAACUUGCCCUUUUAUGAUGUUCUUGAUGUUCUCAUCAAGCCCACGAGUUUAGUUCAAAGCAGUAUUCAACGAUUUCAAGAGAAGUUUUUUAUUUUUGCUCUGACACCUCAACAAGUUAGAGAGAUAUGCAUAUCCAGGGAUUUUUUGCCAGGUGGUAGGAGGGAUUAUACAGUUCAAGUUCAGCUGAGACUUUGCUUGGCAGAGACAAGUUGCCCUCAAGAAGAUAACUAUCCCAAUAGUCUAUGUAUAAAAGUAAAUGGGAAACUUUUUCCUUUGCCUGGCUAUGCACCACCACCCAAAAAUGGGAUUGAACAGAAGCGCCCUGGACGCCCUUUGAAUAUUACGUCUUUAGUUAGGUUAUCUUCAGCUGUGCCAAAUCAGAUUUCUAUUUCCUGGGCAUCAGAAAUUGGAAAGAAUUACUCCAUGUCUGUAUAUCUUGUACGACAGCUCACAUCAGCCAUGUUAUUACAGAGAUUAAAAAUGAAAGGUAUUAGAAACCCUGAUCAUUCCAGAGCACUAAUUAAAGAAAAACUUACUGCUGAUCCUGAUAGUGAAAUUGCUACAACUAGCCUUCGGGUAUCCUUGAUGUGCCCUUUAGGGAAAAUGAGGCUGACAAUCCCGUGCCGAGCAGUGACUUGUACACAUCUACAAUGUUUUGAUGCUGCUCUUUAUUUGCAAAUGAAUGAGAAGAAGCCCACCUGGAUUUGUCCUGUGUGUGACAAGAAAGCUGCCUAUGAAAGUCUAAUUUUAGAUGGGCUUUUUAUGGAAAUUCUCAAUGAUUGUUCUGAUGUGGAUGAGAUCAAAUUCCAAGAAGAUGGCUCUUGGUGUCCAAUGAGGCCGAAGAAAGAGGCUAUGAAAGUAUCCAGCCAGCCAUGUACAAAAAUAGAAAGUCCAAGUGUCCUCAGUAAGCCUUGUUCAGUGACUGUAGCCAACGAGGCAAGCAAGAAGAAAGUGGAUGUUAUUGACCUAACAAUAGAAAGUUCUUCUGAUGAAGAGGAAGACCCUCCUGCCAAAAGGAAGUGCAUCUUUAUGUCAGAAACACAAAGCAGCCCAACCAAAGGGGUUCUCAUGUAUCAGCCAUCUUCUGUAAGGGUGCCCAGUGUGACUUCGGUUGAUCCUGCUGCUAUUCCGCCUUCAUUAACAGACUACUCAGUACCAUUCCACCACACGCCAAUAUCAAGCAUGUCAUCAGAUUUGCCAGGUUUGGAUUUUCUUUCCCUUAUUCCAGUUGAUCCCCAGUACUGUCCUCCUAUGUUUUUGGAUAGUCUCACCUCGCCCUUAACAGCAAGCAGUACGUCUGUCACCACCACCAGCCCCCAUGAAAGCAGUACUCAUGUUAGUUCAUCCAGCAACAGGAGUGAGACAGGGGUCAUAACCAGCAGUGGAAGUAACAUUCCUGACAUCAUCUCAUUGGACUGAAGGAGGACUCACUCGAUUCUAGGAAUCAUUCAUCAAAACUGCUCUUUCUUGGAUCUCUGGUCCGUGGAAACUAUUUUUUUGAUAACAAUUACUUUGAUAUUUAUUAAAAUGUCAAAUGGAUUCUUUUGCUUUCUGAGAGGUAAACACAGAUGACUGCAGCAAGAACCAAAUGACACAGAAGACUUUUCUUACUCAUGAUGUAUUCUCAGCAUCAGAUGCAUUCAGCCAUAACUGUAUCUUCUUGGGAGGUGGAUUCCAAUUUACUGGAUGGAUUCUACAAAUCAGUUAAACUUUUUUUUUUGUUGUAAUAAACAGCAAUAAAAUUAUGUAAAUGUUCAAGUAAACUUUUUUCUAAUUAAAAAAAAGAUGUAAUCAAUGGUUCUGAAAUGACAGCAACAUUUGUUUAACAUGAUGUGAAGGAGAAAUAUGUGGAAAGAAAUUAAGCUUGCCAAAUGAGUCCCUAAACAUGGAGAUUUGUUCUUUCGUUGAACUGAUGAAGUCUUGGUAAGUGGCCAAAGCUUGGGUUCCACUUUUCUUCUGCAGUUCCAGUUUUCUUCCUGAUUCCAUCAAAGAACAAUGGCCUUUGUGUUACUCAUUUUUUUUCUUGGUUGUCAUUUACACUUUGAUAUUGUUUGCUACUGAAUGCAGAGAGAAGCUCUAGGAUUUGGCUGCUCUGUAUUAGCGAGUAUGUUGAAGAACACUACGCAAAAUCCACCCUGAUACAAUGUGUGUUAUUUUUUGAUAAUUGAACGUUUUUGUUCUGGAGAUUUCUAUAAAUUUUGGGCUUGCCUUCUCAAAAAAGAAAUUCUAUGCAGCCAUUGAAGGAAAUGUUUUUGGAGAAAGGUGGCUGGAAUGUUUGUGAGAAUUAUGUUCAUACCAUCCAGAAAUAUUGAGAGUUUGGAGGCAGUGGACGAACAGAUCUAGGGGAGGUGGGAAUAACAAAAUUUUACUUAUUUCUAAGUACUGCUUUUGCCAUUUACUUUCUUGAAUAUAGAAUAAUAUUCAAAUCUUUGUUGAAACUUUUCAGAUUUUCCUAACGCUGACCAAAAAAUACAUUUUAGAGCUCUGAUUAUGUUGGGGGGGGGGGGAAGCAAAUAGCAAGAGAUAGGGAUGGCAUCAGAUUUCCUUUUUCUUUUUCAAAAGGGAAAUCUUUCCUGAAAUGAUGAAAGACAAAACAGAAUUAGAAAUGUUUGAAUUUAAGAAGCAGUUAGGAGGAUGAGCCUGAACCCCACUUUGAAAACCACUGUCUUACAGUGUGCAUUUGAUUUUUAAAUUCCUCAAGAAACUGAGUUUACCCAUAGAGAAACAUUUUCAUCCGAAUUCUGUAUUUUCUUAUUAUUCAUUUGGGUUCCUAAAUAAUUUUCGAGUUCUCAAGGAGUUAAUACUUUCCCAAUGCUUAGCUUUCUCUCCCUAAUCUGUUUCUACUUCAAAGAUAAAGCCCUUUUUGUAAAACGACUAACCUAACUGAUUCUCAGGCUGAAGUGCCCACAUGAAGACUAUCAAUUUCAGUUAAAAUAGAGACGCAUUACUUCAGGGCCCUUACAACUCCAGGGAGCUGACUUGUUACGUGCUUGGUUUUUACACCUUCUCAAGUUUUCAUGGCCUGUGUGUACCUUUUGUACUGAUUUAAGUUCAUGUGAUUUUCUAUAUCAUCGCUUUGACUGCAAAGUCCCCUUACCUAAUAAACUUGCAGUAGUUGCACCAUAGUUGCCAGUCCUAUCUUGUCAUUAGAGUACUAAUUCAUGUUACAGUCCUUUGGUCCAGAUACAGAAUUUCGUCAUGGUAAAAUUUUAUAUUGCUGCUUUAAAUACAGAUGUAAUUUCUGUUAACUCUGUAAUCAGAUAGAAAAAGUAAGCUGAUUUGUGUGGUAUAAUAUGUUAAUAAAGAAAUGAAGUAUGUUUGUUAUCAUUUUGUUACCCUUUAGAUUUUCAGAGAAUUCCCCUCCCCAAUUUAACCAACAGAGUUUUUAUAAAGUAAAUGAAAAUAUUAAUAGGAAUUAGUUUAUUUACUUGGUUCUUGUAAUGGAUACCUCUGCUUUUGUAGCUGUGAUUUGUUUCCUUUUUGAUAUUUUAUGUGAACAGUUUUAGUGUUCAUUUUUGGUGCUUUCCAAUGAAAUUACAUAUACAUUUUUAAUUUAUCUCAUGCAGGCGACUUAACAUUUUUAAAAAUCACUUUUAAGUUUAUAAUCUUAAAAUUGGGGUUUUGUCUAUGUAUCUUUGAAAGUGAGCACUUUCCUUUAUGCCUUUGGCCUUAUGAUAACUGCAUGGUUAUUAAGCCAUUAUCCUUUUCUCACUCACAGUAUGGUCACUAAAUAUUCUUACCAGGACCCUCAGUUUUUAGCAGUCGAUUUUGCUAGCCCAGACUUUUGGUUUAACCAAGUGUAAUGCAGUUUCAGAGGAGGUCAUCUUAACUGUUGCUUAGAUUUCACCGAGCUGGUGAUUAUGUAGAGUGUGCUGUAUAUGGAAAGGAUCUGCAGUUUGGAGGCUCUUAAUGGAGGGACACACCUGCCACCUGUUACUGUUAUCUUUAUCCCCAUAGAAAUGUUAAGGGCUUUUCUUGCUUUGGUAACUCCUGACAGUGUACUGAGUGCAGAGUAUAGCCUCACACCUAAGGUCUGCUUACAUUCACUAACUUUCUGACCAUUAGGUGAAGCCACUUUAGGAGUUUACUUCCAUUUCUGCCCAGAAGGUAUAAAUACCUGGCAUUGGUCCUAGGACAACUAUAAAGGCCCAGUGAAACAGUAGAGGUAAAUUUAGGCUAUGUGGCAUUUAUCUAAUGUGUUUCAGGAACGCUAGACUGAAAAUACCCUGAGUAGAAAUUGUGAAUUAAGUCAAUUAUAACUCUUGAUAUAAAACAAAUUUCCCUAGGGUAGAAUCUUAAGGAAUUUGAAGAAAGAUAAGAUGUUGCACUUUAGGUGAAGUGUUCCCCAGAGACUGUUCUGACCUUGAGAUUCAGACCUUUCAGGCAUUCUGCCUUCAGACCAAUCCUGGACACCUAUGACUUAGUGAUUAAUUGUCUUUUCCUUCUGCCAAUAAAGUCUUUAUUAGUUACAUUGUGUCUUUUUAAAGUCGAUUUUUGCAAAGCAUUAGUUUAAGUCCCAGAUAUCUGUGCAUUUCUAGCCUCCAGUUGGUCAAAAAGCAUUUAAUUUUUUUAAGUACUUUUAUUUUUCUCGUUUUUUUCAUCAUGAAAAAUGUAGAGCAGUGUGCCAUUUAAACUUGGGUUUGACAUUGUAUUUAGUGGCCCUGGAUCCAUGUGAUGUGGGAGCUCAGUCAUGUAGAUUAUGAUUUAAUCUGAUUCUGAUUCACCAUCUUUUUGCUACAGUUUUACAGAAAUAUGGUGAAACUUGUGGAAAAGACUAAGAAUUUCUCUGCUUUUUUAAGAAUCUGAUGCUACUGUCAAAUAAAUGACUGGUUUUGUAAGCAUUUUUUAUUGUUGUUGCUAGGAACCACACUCUAGUUCCCAGCAGAAACAAAUAAAGCUAUAUAAAAAUGCCCAUUCUUCUUUAAUGCUUGCUUGCCUGAUUCAAUAAUGUUUUUGUUUCAUUUAACACAGUAAUACAUUCUCAUUAUGGAAAAUUUAGACAAUACAGCAAAGUAAUUCUGUCACCUGGGGUAGGGAGAAAGCACUUUAGUUAAUUUUUGCAUAUUUCUUGCCAGUCUCUUUGUUCCUUUGUGCUUGUUUUUACAUAGUUUUAUUCAUUCUCAGUAUAAUUCGUGUCUUGGUUUUAUUCUCAAUCUGAAGAUGCUAUUCCAUGUCAUUAAAAGCUACGUCAACCUUGAUUAAUUGCAUGAUACUCAAUUGAGUGUGCCAUGAUUCAUAUCACUUUUCCCCAUUGGACCUUUUAGCUUGCAUCUCAUGUUACAGUUGAGUGUCUUUGUGCAUAAUUUUUUCCUUAGGAAAAAUUCCUAGCAGUGAAUUUCUGGGUCAAGGAUAUGAACAUUUUGUAGUUCUUGCUUCAUAUCGCCUUUCCAAGUGGAUAUACUAAUUUAUACUCCAAACAUAUGGUAUGAGAAGAGCUGUCUGUAUAUUCCAAGAACAUGCACGACUUACCUCUGUGCAGGUGUCUGAACUGAGACCCUGGGCACUUCUGACCCUGGUGAGCUGGGCUAACUGAUUUGGAGGUAAUUAGAGAUUUCUCUGGGCUUCCUCAGUUUCAUGUAUACCUGAUAUGUUCCACAAACACCUAUAUGUAGACAUCCCAAUUAUUUUUUUAUAUAGUUUUAUUUGCGCUGUGAAGUAGCCCACUGCCAGAAUACAUUUUCCAGCAUUAGUUAGAAAAUAUUGACACUUAAAAAUAAUAUCCUUUGUGC